AUUUGAUUCGCACCAGGGGCAUUGGGGGUACAAAAGGUACUCAAGGUUCUAUGAAUACCAACGAGAAACGUGAUGUUAUUGCUCUUUUUAAACAAUCCUGGAGAUAUGGAAUCUAAGCCAACGCCGAGGGGUUUUGAAUAGCGACGCAGGUCCGCCAACGACGUUACGCGUCGGGUCGUCACGCACUACUCCGUAUAAUAAGGGGUGAGGUGUUGCGCCGGAUCGCCAAUUUUUCUUCCUUUUUGUUCCCACCCGUUUCCUCAGACCCCAGUCCGACUUUUGAACCCCUAUUUGAAAAGCCGACAGAGCUCCGAGCAAUCAUACGCAGCGAGAGCACAAGGAGUGGAAAUCGGCAUUGGUUUGCCAUACCGAAAUCGUCGGCCGAACCAUGGCUCCCAACAAUGAAGAAGCCGCGGCCGAAUGCGUCUCGGAAGAUGCCCUCAUUCACCUCAAAUCGUACAAGUACUCGGCUGUCGACAAGUCGCCCAUCUCCCACUACAUCCUAAGGCCAUACUGGAACGCCUUCGUCGAGCUACUACCGCUAUGGCUGGCUCCGAACAUGGUCACCCUCCUGGGGUUUAUGUGCAUCCUCUUCAACGUUGGCCUGUUGGUGGUCAUGAUGCCGGAUCUUGAAGGACCCGCGCCACCAUGGGUAUACUACAGCUUCGCCUUCGGGCUUUUCAUGUACCAGACUUUCGAUAACGUCGACGGCAAGCAGGCCCGUCGCACCGGGACCUCGAGCGGCCUGGGCGAGCUCUUCGACCACGGCAUCGACAGCCUCAACUGCACCCUCGCCAGCCUGCUCGAGACGGCCGCAAUGGGUCUCGGCACCUCCAAAUCGGGCGUCUUCACCGCCCUCUGCCCCUGCCUGCCCAUGUUCUUCUCCACCUGGGAGACCUAUCACACCCACACCCUCUACCUGGGCUACAUCAACGGCCCAACCGAGGGUCUCCUCAUCGCCUGCGCCGUCAUGAUUCUCUCGGGCUAUUACAGCCCGGCGAUCUGGACCGAUCCCCUGGUCAAGCUCGUCGGCCCGCGCAUCGCCGUGCUCCGCUCCCUCGGCAUCCCCGACGACGUCCUCGCCGACCUCUCCAUCCGCGAUGUCUGGGUGGCCGUCAUCAUCGCCUCGCUCCUCUUCACCCACAUCCCUUUCUGCAUCCUCAACGUCGUCCGGGCGCGCCGCACCCGCGGCCUGCCCGUCACACCCGUCUUUCUCGAGUGGACCCCCAUGGCCGUCUACACCCUCUCCAUCGGCGCCUGGCUCUACUCACCUUAUUCGACCAUCCGCGCCGAGAACCACCUCGUCCUGUUCUGCAUCAUCAUGAGCUUCGUGUUCGGCCGCAUGACAACCAAGAUGAUCCUCGCGCACCUCACGCGCCAGCCAUUCCCUUACUGGACCGUCAUGCUCUGGCCGCUGGUCGGUGGGGCGGUGCUGGGCAAUCUGCCGCGGUUCGGGCUGCCCGCCGUCUCGGCCGAGACGGAAUACGCGUACCUGCUGGGGUACCUUGUCUUUGCGGCUGUGGUGUACUUCAGGUGGGCGUGGUUGGUCACCACGAGCAUCUGCCGGUUUUUGGGGAUUAGCUGCUUGACGAUUCCGUAUGAGAAGCAGAGGGAGAAUGCGAGGAGGGUUGCGGAUGCGGUGGUGGCGGCGAAUGGGAAGAAGGUGGAGUGAUGGAGGUGAAGUUGGGGUAAUAACAAAAAGGGGGUUCGGUGGCUGGAAGGAAGGAGGGAUGGGCGAUGGAAGGGCAGAGUGGGAGGCAGGUCAUUCAACAUCUACAAGUCGCCUGGGUUAGAGUUACGGGUUGGCUUUGGGCAUUGGGUUUUGCAUCGUAGCAUGGCGUUGUUUGUUUCGGGGUGUCAUUGGCAUCGAUAUCAUCGGGCCCUUGCUGGUACAUACCAGCGGUUUUGGAAGUACUUGAUUUGUAUGUCUGGGAUCAGUAAUAUUGGUCUUCAAGGAGGAUGAAGCAUAUAGACUCAAUAAGACGGUAAUAACCAAGAGCGUGGACACUGCU